CUCCCUUGUCUUACCUACUGUACUGUACAGUGGUCGCUAUCCGUCUCCCAUCGCGAAGACAACCACACACAGAGCUCACCGUCGAUAUUAAAUAUCACCCGUCUCAAACCGCACCGCAUCCCUUCCUACAGUUACCUCGCAUACUUUACUAGUACAAGUACUGAAGAGUGUACCGGUACCGGUACACUAUAAGCACUGCGCUGAUUCAGCAAUAACUACCUAACCUCCCCACCGCUCCAGUCGACUCAUACUCUCCGCAUCUUUCCCCUCGGUGAUCAUCCUCCAAUUACAGACCCGUGCCAGGCUGUAAGAAGUUUGUGCGCAAUCUUCAUACGUCAACGCAAAGCCAUUAGUGUUGUUCUGUCUUUGCUCCUUCUGCUGCUAACUGCAGCCGGUAACCCCCCUCCACCUCUCUCCACCCCCAAACAGAUCAACCACGUCCCUUGGUGACGAAUAGAAUCGAUCCCCCGCAUAUCCGCUCACGCAUCCAUUCUUCCACCUGCCUUCUGACACGGGGAGGCACAAAUAAGGAUAAUUAAUUAAUUAAUUUUUUAAACUGUCCUCUGGAAGGGGCAAAAUUGGAAGGCAAUAUUUAUCCCUCCCCUGGGGUUCCUCUUUAUUUAACCCUAUCAUGAGCCUCCCCAACUUCGAUUUCCAGCGAUUGUUCCAAAAAUUCCUCUGGGAUCCCGAGCCAAAGAAUACAGAUCCGAUGAACUCUAUAUGGUGUUUGGGCCAAGAAUACCCUAGUGCUGGGCUUCCCCAAUCGCCGCCUCCGCCCCCCCCUUCCACCGAGAACAGUAUCAUUAGGGGUCAUGAUAACUAUAGGGAAGCCGAGGGGAGAAAUAGGGGUCAAGAGGAGGAGGGGGAUACAGGGUGGCCAAAAGCUUUCUUGGAAGAUUUCGAGUCGACUCUGUGGAUGACGUAUCGUAGCGAUUUUAAACCCAUCCCCCGUGUAGCGGAUUAUAAUGAUAAGCUCACUUUCCUGACGAGCAUACGGAGCCAUCUUGAUAAAGCGGAGGGCUUUACAAGUGAUUCUGGAUGGGGCUGUAUGAUACGGUCAGGGCAAGCGGUGAUUGCCAACGCCCUGGCUCAUUUACGGUUGGGCAGAGGGUGGCGAAGGGGGAUGAAACCCGAAGAGGAGAAACGGUUGUUGGCUUUGUUUGCUGAUGAUCCGAGAGCUCCAUUCUCGAUUCACAAAUUCGUUCGGCACGGAGAAGUCGAGUGCGGGAAGAAUCCAGGGGAGUGGUUUGGCCCUAGUGCUGCCGCAAUGUGCAUUCAAGCUCUCACUCAUGCUUACGAGCCGGCUGGUCUACGGGUUUACCAAACAAAUUCGAACGAUCUCUAUGAGGAAGACUUCCGGAAGGUUGCCGUUGUGAAUGGGGUGUUCAAGCCGACAUUGGUUCUUGCUGGGAUCCGGUUAGGAAUAGAAAGAAUCACGAAUAUCUAUUACGAACCCCUGGCAGCGUGCCUGCGGAUGCCGCAGACCGUCGGAAUCGCCGGUGGACGUCCUUCAUCAUCACACUACUUCAUUGCGGUUCAAGGGGAAAACUUUUUCUACUUAGACCCUCACACCUGCAGACCGAUCCUACCUUUUAAGGAAAACCCACAAGAUUAUACGGAGGAAGAGGUUGACACGUGCCAUACGAGGCGAAUUAGAAGACUGCAUAUCAGAGAAAUGGACCCGAGCAUGUUAAUAGCGUUCUUGAUCAGGGAUGAAGCGGACUGGGAAGAUUGGCAAAGGCGAAUCAGUGAACCAGAAAAGAAGGUCAUUCUUGUUAGCGAUAGCGAGCCAUCCGGAAGCUGGGUACCUAGAGAGGCAGCAAUCGAUGAGGUGGAGGCCUUCGAAGACGAUGAUUUUUAAGGCGCUUGUGUACCGAUUCAGGAAUGAAGGACUGAAUAAAUGACAUUCCCGAUAUUUCGAUACCCAUUUAAGUUGGCGAAAAAGAAGGGUUACGAGCGUAUGGAGGACUCCGCUUGAACGGGGCAUUGUGACUCUUUUUCAUUCGUGAUUUUCUCUUUCCUAUCAACUCCUUUACUCCCUUUAUUUGUUUAUUCUCCAUUUCCUUUUUUCCUUUUUUUUAUGCUCUCCACUUGUCUUGAUUGGUUUGGGGUACGAGUAGACUCUGUGUUUUCAUUUCCUUCUUUCCAUCCAUAUCACCGGUAUGUUUCGCUCUCUCCUUUCUCUCGUUCACUUGUUUCAUCUUUGGUUUAUAUGGGCGGGGUUAGCUUGAUUCGUUAGUGUCUUUAAACGGCUGCAGUACGGUACUGGUGUGGAUCCAAGUUUACGACAUUGUCCGGAUGGGUGAUGGAAUUCUGGUUCAAGAUAACAUACCAGUAUAUACUGGUAUUAGUAUAUAACUUACGACUGGGGAUACCAAGUGGAUUUUGAUAGAAAACUAAUACAUGUUUGCAAUAAA